AUGGGAUUUGAUGAAGUUGAGGACCCUAAGUGCCCGCCAAUAUAUUUCUCUCCAGCCGAAGAACGUCUUUAUUGCAGAAACCUCCGAUCAGCUUUGGUGGUUAAAGCGCUAGGCCGAGCUGUCUCAUAUACAGCGGUCUCCUUAAGACUGAAUGCGAUAUGGGAAAAGGCGGGUAUCCAGGUCACGUCUAUGAAAAAUGGCUACUUCCUCGUCCGAUUCACGAAUGGAAUGGACUAUGACAGAGAGGUCAUGAACGGACCUUGGAUGAUAGGACCAAACUAUCUGACAGUGCAUAUGUGGGACAAGGACUUUGACCCAUACAACCAUGAAGUGGCGUCCACGGUGGCCUGGGCUCGAUUGCUCGAGAUUCCUAUUCAAUACUUUCACCAGGAUGCAGUUAUGAAGAUCGGGCGCCGCAUUGGCAUACCAAUUCGGAUAGAUGAAGCUACUCGAACUGUAGCGCGUAGCGACUAUGCUCGUGUAUGUGUCCAGGUUGACCUAACCAAACCACUGCUGUCCAAGUUCUCUAUUAAUGGCAAAAAGUACUUUGUUCAGUACGAGGGGCUUGAAAAGAUUUGCCUCAAUUGUGGUACGUACUCCGAGAGGGGGGCGUGUACAUGCACUAAGCUACAUGAGCCAAUGGAAGCGGAGGAAGUGAACAAGACGAUGGAGCCUCAGGAAAAGCAAACAGAAAAAACCUACGGGGAAUGGAUGAUUGCAAAAAGGAAACCACGGGCAGGAAAGAAAGACCAGGGAGGAGGGAUGCGUCAUGACAAGGCCGCCUCCAGCCCAAGUGAGACGAGGAUCCCAGGAGGUUCCCGGUUUGAGGCACUUCUCGUGGAAGAGACCAUCGAAACUCAACAGACACAGCCGACAGAAAUGAGGGAGGAUCAUGUUUCUGGCAAGACCCAUCAUGCCAAGGGAUCAGGAAGGGCAAAUAACGAACAUACUCAAGAGACCCAACGAACAAGCAAUGGGGAAUCGGAUCCUGUACUAGCAGGAAAGGAUAAGUUGCAAGACAAGCCCAGCAUCGCAAAAAAAGGACCCAUCCAACCGGCGGAGAACAAAGAAUUAAGGGUACGAGGACAGAGAAGGAGAUGGAUACGAACCCCGAGCAUACCAUAA